CCUCAACGUGCGGCUGGAAGAAUGUUGCCGGCAAUCAUUAGCACUUCUGAGGUUUUCUCAUUCAACUCUUCUCCGCCCCUUUCUCCGAACCCUAUUGAUCCGCGCUCGUCGCCGGCGUCCAUACCACAAAAUGACCACCGAAGCCCCUCAAUACUCUAUCCCUCCGGACUGGUCUCCGUCCAAGGCGGGCUGCCUGCGCAAGGAGGACUACUGGCUAUGGUUCUGGCCCGAUCACAAGAAUGACAACCGCACCGUGCUGGGUGGGCCCUCGCAGACGACCGAUUGCUUUCCGCCGACCUGGGCUGCGUCGGACGUGUAUGUCGGGACGAACUGUCCACCAAGCUACACGAGUGCUUCAUGCGAGGGCAGUGACGAACGAGAGACAGUGACGUGUUGUCCGGAUAAUCACCGCUUCACGUGCGCAGUAUCAGAGACUCAAAAAGCGCAUGGCUCCUACUUCCCCUGCAGAUUACAAUACACCAAGACGCGAACGGUGCCGGCGACGUUGACAGAUUUCGUAUCGAACACGAUAAACGUUGACAUGGUGACGCAGAAGCCGGGCCUUCAUCUGUAUGCGCUAGGAGUAUUAUUCGUGACGCCGACGGCAACAACCGGGGACCUCGCCACUGCGACCACUACCCACACAUCCUCCACCUCGUCUGCGACAUCCUCGUCGACCGCAUCCUCCGAACCUGAUACCUCGUCAUCUUCCCUCAGCGCAGGCGCAUCGGCAGGGAUAGGGGUCGGAGCCGCCGCCGGCGUGAUCAUAAUAGCCGCCAUGGGAUGGUUCUGGUAUCGACGAAAGAAAGCCGCAGAUGCGGCGAGGGCGGCCUCAGCUAUGCCCUACCAGCCGUAUGUGCAGCCCGUACAGCCAGCUCACGGUCAUCAGUACAUACCCAGAGAGCUAGAGACAAGUGGGAACCAGAAGCAGCAGCUUACUGAGUUGCCUUCUUGAUGGCGGAAUAGUGUAGAUUCAUAGAACGGAAAUGUUUAUAUAGUUGGUACUUAAUGCCGAGUGGCCUCUUCUACGCAUACGAUGCCUAAUGAGGGUUAAGAGCUUGGUUCGCAUUUGGUGGGCGUUGUGAUGCUUACCAUUUUUCGGAGUGUAAAUUUCAGUCAAGUCGUGUGAAUAUACCU